UUCAGUCCUGAUGUUGAGCUAUAUGAUUACCUGAAGGAAGAGAUUGGUUAUCGCUUGGCUGACAGAGUUUUUGAUAUCAAACGAGAAUUCCAAGCUGCAGCGGACUUGGGUUGUAAUCGAGGCUUUUUGUCCCGGCAUAUUCUGGCGGAGAGCGUGAAACACUUAACUCUUUGUGACAUCAGUCCGACCAUGCUUUCACAGGCGAAGGGUACACCUGGCCUUCAAAUCUCCAAAAAAGAAAUCGACGAAGAACAAUGGGAUUUUACAGAAAAUUCCUUAGAUCUGGUAAUUUCUUCGCUGAGUCUGCACUGGGUUAAUGAUUUGCCGGGUUGUUUCAGCAAAGUUAUCAGGAGUUUAAAAGAGGAUGGAGUCUUUAUUGCUUCGAUGUUCGGUGGAGAUACAUUGUACGAGUUGAGGUCAUCCUUGCAACUUGCAGAGCUGGAAAGGAAGGGAGGCAUAGCGCCACAUAUCUCUCCAUUCACUCAGAUUCGAGACAUCGGAUCGCUUCUGAAUCGUGCAGGAUUUACAAUGCUUACGAUCGACACAGAUGAAAUCGUCAUUGGUUAUCCAACAAUGUUUGAGCUGAUGCACGAUCUCAAAGGAAUGGCUGAAAAUAAUGCGGCUUUCAACAGGCCUGUGCACCUCAAUAGAGAUACAAUGCUGGCAGCCAGCGCCAUCUAUAAAGAAAUGUAUGGUAACGAUAAGGGUGUGCCGGCCACAUUUCAAAUAAUAUAUUUUGUUGGCUGGAAACCGGGACCAAACCAACCCACGCCCCUGCCACGUGGGUCUGGGGAGGUCUCGUUAAAGGACUUAGGAACACUAAUUGAAAAUAGUGCCAAAAGCAAGAAAAGUGAAAACAAAUGA